ACAAAAUUUAUAAUUUUCUUAUCACACAGAGACAACAUAGGCCAACACAAAUGGCAAUGGUUUCUUCAAGAGUGACGUUUCUCUUCCUCUAUCUCGUCUUCAUGCUCUUGAUCGCCCAAGCCACUGCUCAGCCAACCUUCGUAUACAAUAAUUGUGACAACAAGAAAGGCAACUACACCAACAAUAGUACCUACCAACAAAACAUCAACAGCCUCCUCUCCUUGCUCUUCUCUAACACUGAUAACGACUAUGGCUUUUAUAAUUCCUCCUAUGGCCAAAACCCCGACCAAGUUUACGCGAUCGGACUCUGCAGAGGAGAUAUUAAGCCGGAUGCUUGCCGCAGUUGCCUCAAUUACUCCAGAAAUUCCAUCACACAGCGAUGUCCUAAUCAGAAGGAAGCAAUUGAAUGGUACGAUGAGUGUAUGCUACGGUACUCAUACCGCUCCAUAUUUGGAAUUAUGGAAACCGGUCCUGGUAUCUCUCUGCUGAACAAUCAAAAUAUCUCGUCCAACGUGGAGGCUUUCAAUGACGAGCUUAUGAACCUGUUUGAUAAACUAAGAAGUCAAGCAGCUGGUGGGAAUUCCCUUCGCAAAUAUGCAGCAGGAAAUGUGUCAUUUUCCCGAAACUUCCAGACGAUAUAUGCACUUGUGCAGUGCACACCGGAUUUAUCGAAGCUAGAAUGUGAAAAUUGCUUAGGUGAUGCUUUUAGUAGAAUUUCACAAUGUUGUAUUGGAAGGAGAGGUGGGCAAGUACUUUACCCCAGCUGUAAAAUUCGGUAUGAGCUCGGCCAAUUCUAUGAAUCUACACCACCACCACCACCACCACCACCUUCUCCUCCUCCAAAUUCAACCACUACUACCACUUCAAAAGGAAAGUCGAACACAUCUCUACUUAUCGUCCUUACGGUUGUGCCAACUGUUGUUUUCGUGCUGCUAAUCAUCUCUGUCUGCGCCUACUUAAGAUUGAAAAAGGCAAAGGAAAGAGUUGACAAUGGUCCUUCGUGUGAAGAUGUGGAAGAAAUUGCAAGUCAAGAAUCCUUGCAAUUUGACUUUAGUACCAUUAAGGUUGCCACAGAUAACUUUUCUGAGGCAAGCAAGCUUGGACAGGGCGGAUUUGGUCCCGUUUAUAGGGGUAGGCUUUCCAAUGGGCAAGACAUAGCGGUGAAAAGGUUGUCCAGAGACUCUGGCCAAGGAGAUAAAGAAUUUAAAAAUGAGGUUUUGUUAGUCGCAAAGCUUCAACAUCGGAAUCUGGUUAGGCUUCUUGGGUUUUGCUUGCAUAGAAGUGAAAGGCUUCUAGUCUAUGAGUUUGUCCCAAACGCAAGUCUUGAUCAAUUCAUAUUUGAUCCAGUCAAGCGUGCAAAUUUGGAUUGGGAUAGGCGUUACAAAAUUGUCAGAGGCAUUGCUCGAGGAAUUCUUUACCUUCACGAAGAUUCUCGUCUCAGAAUUAUUCAUCGUGAUCUCAAAGCUAGUAAUAUAUUGCUAGAUGAAGAAUUAAAUCCCAAAAUUUCAGAUUUUGGCAUGGCAAGGUUGUUUAUAGUUAACCAAACUCAAGGUAGCACCAGUCGAAUUGUGGGAACAUAUGGUUACAUGGCUCCGGAGUAUGCAAUGCAUGGGCAAUUUUCAGUUAAAUCCGAUGUCUUUAGCUUUGGAGUACUACUUUUAGAGAUUGUGAGCGGACAGAAGAACAAUUGUUUUCAUCAUGGGCAGAACACAGAGGACCUCCUCAGCUAUGCAUGGAAAAAUUGGAAUGAGGGCACAAUUUCAAACAUCGUAGAUCCCUCCAUGAGAGUUGGUUCAGGAAGUGACAUAAUGAGAUGUAUCCACAUAGCAUUGUUGUGCGUCCAAGAAAAUGCAGCCAAUAGACCAACCAUGAAUUCAGUAGUAGUGAUGCUUAAUAGCAACUCUCUCACUCUCCCAAUACCUUCUCAUCCGGCGUCUUUUAUGCCACCCAGCUUUGGAUCGCACAUGUUCUUGGAUUUCGAGUACAGCUCAGGAGUGACAGAAUCAGAUAAAUCGAAAAGCAUACCAGAGCAAGCUUCUGCCAAUGCUACUUCAAUGACCGCGCCGUACCCUCGGUAGUCAUGUGCGUGAGCGAGGAUUUACAAUACAAACAAUUUCAAAUAAAAGCCAAUUAAUGCUAGUAUGGUUGCUUCAAUUUGAUCAUUAUUCUUAUAUUAUUAUUACUUGUUGCAAACAUCCAACUUAACAGUUAUGGUAUUAAUCUAAACUUUAGAAGAAGAAACCAG